AUGUACACUCCGUCAAAGCCCUAUAUCGUCGCUGAGUACGAAACAACAUAUUCGAGAUUCGAGAACGUCGGUGUAGCAGCGAGAACCAUCGGACCCGGCGGUGCUAGGGCAGAAGACCGAAUCACUAUGUUGUCGAAAUCAAAUGUGUUGCAAGGGGGCGGUGAACGUACAUACAUUACUUGCGUCAUCCAAGUUCACGGUGAUGAGGCCAAAAAAAGGUAG